UCCGCCAUUAUUCCUCUUCUUCGUACUUUCAGUAAAACCCUAAUUUGCAGCGCUCGGCUGAAGAUUUCUCUGGAAUUGAAGUAUUAGAAGCUCGGAUUCGUAUUCCUGCUCGGAAAAUUCGAUCGGAAUGGGGUUUCCGGUUGGAUAUUCCGACCUAUUGCUUCCAAAAACGGUAGUGAUUUUUCUGACAGUUUUAGGAUUUCUUCGUAAAAUUGCUUGUUCUAUGGCGUCGCUGGUUGAAUUUUGGGGAUUUCGGGAGCCUGGAGCGGCGGCGUCGUACCAGUUGCCGACCGAAUCCGGCCGGUCGGAGCCGCCGCGGUCGCUGUCGGCGGUGCUCAUCCGCGAGCUACUCCCGGUGGUGAGGCUUCGCGAUUUGGCGGAGCGAGUGGAGGCGCCGGAGAAUUGUGCGGUUUGCUUGUACGAAUUCGACGGCGGCGGAGACGACGAGAUCCGGUGGCUUGCAAAUUGCAGGCACGUGUUCCACAGGAAGUGCCUGGACCGUUGGAUCGAUCACGAUCAGAAGACGUGCCCGCUCUGCCGCGCGCAGUUUGUGCCGGAGGAUAUGCAGGAGGCUUUCUAUGAGCGCCUGUGGGCGGCGUCGGGGAUUUCCGAUCUCUACGGCGACUACUCGCUGAUCGCCGCCGGCGGUUUGUAAGUUUUUCACGGCUGAUCUUUUAUUUUUAUUUUUAUUUUUUAUUUGGUAUUUUUGGGUGGUUGUAAAUAUUAGUGCAUAUUGAUGAAUAAGUCUGAUAUUUUUAUGUAAUAUUGAGUUAGGGAAAUAUCAAACAUGGGGAGUUUUUUAUUUA